AUGGCACCAUUUAACGUCUGUCAUUGCCUGGACCCUGUGAGAAGUAUUCCCGGCAGACGUGGAAGUGCUUCAAUUUUAAAACGAAAUCUGGGUGGGAAGAUGAAUCCCAAUGAUCCGUACUUCCAGCAGCAGCAGCAACAGCAGCCUGGUUAUGGUGCUCCUCCACUCGGUCCACAGAACUAUGGUGGUGGCAUGAUGCCACCGAGAACACCUGUGAUGCAGUCUCAACAGUUUCCCCCGGCCAACGGUCCACACAGCAUGAACCCCUACGGGCAGCCUUCUCCCAGACCUCCAAUGGCCCAGUACGGUCAGUCGCCCCUGCCACCCAACCCGAACCAGCUGGCCCAGCAGAUGGGAGGCAUGAACCUGGCAGACAACAGCUUAAAAUCCCCCGUUCCUUCAAUGUAUCCCCCCAUGAACGGUAAUGUCUCCCCGGCACCAGGAACAUUCCCCUCUCGCCCCCCAAUGGCAUCCAACCUUCAGGCCAGCCCAAUGCCUCCUCAGUCUCUUGCCCCAGGAGUUGCUCCACCAAGGCCUGGCUUGAUGCCGCCUGUGCAGCAGCAGCAACAGAUGAGACAUGUUUCUCCACAACAGUAUCCAAAUGGUCCUGGUAUGGAUAAUAUGGGACAUCCUGUAAAUGGUCAACAGUUUAACAGUCCAAGACCUCCUAUGGGUGGCGGUUUCCUACCUACUCAGACGGCUGGAUUCCCUGGUCAUCAACCGAUGCCAUUCCAGCAAGCACCGUUGCAACAACAACAGCAAUCGCAUUUACCACCAACACAGCAACAGCAGGGCGGAUAUGACAGUAUGGGCAGUCGUUAUCCGUCCAGUCCAAGCUAUCCGCCUGGAAUGUCAGGCCCAAUGCCUGGACCACCUUCUCAACCUAUGCCACCGCAACAACAAGCUCGACGUCUUGAUCCCGAUCAGAUGCCCAGCGCUAUUCAAGUCAUGGAAGAUGACAAACGGACGCGUUCUGGACCGUUCGCUACCAACCAGAAAGGCCUUGUCCCACCUCUAGUAACUACUCCGUUUUUAACUCAAGACCAGGGCAAUUCCGGACCGCGUUUCGUCCGCGCAUCCAUGUACAGUGUUCCAGCUCAGCCUGAUAUGAUGAAACAGACGGCCGUUCCGUUCGGCCUGGUCAUCAGCCCGUUUGCCAAACUGGAAGAAGGGGAGCAAGAGCCUCCCGUUGUGGAUCUGGGCGAAAUGGGUCCGGUCCGUUGCGGCCGCUGCAAGGCCUACAUGUGCCCAUUUAUGCAAUUUAUCGACGGCGGCCGCCGGUUCCACUGUCCCUUUUGCAAGGCGACGACGGAAGUCCCGUCCGAGUAUUUCCAGCACUUGGACCACACGGGCAUGCGCAUGGACAAGUACCAGCGGCCGGAAUUGUGUCUGGGCUCUUACGAGUUCGUCGGCACCAAAGACUAUUGUCGCAAUAACGUUUUCCCAAAACCGCCGGCCUACAUCUUCGUCCUCGACGUCUCGUACAACAACGUCAAGUCCGGGCUGGUCCACCUCCUCUGUCAGAACAUUAAGAGCAUUUUGCAGCGCUUGCCACGGGAAUCCGUAGGCGGACAGAAUGGCACGGCGCGAGUGGGUUUCAUCACUUAUAGCAAAGAGGUCCAUUUCUACAAUAUCAAAUCGUCGCUGGCCCAGCCUCAGAUGAUGGUCGUCGGCGAUGUCGAGGACAUGUUUAUGCCGUUAUUGGACGGUUUUCUGUGCGACCCAGUCGAGUCGGAGCACAUUAUUGAUCAACUGAUGGCCCAAAUCCCGGCCAUGUUUGCCGAUUCGAGAGAGACGGAAACGAUUCUCGGUCCGGCGAUUAAAGCCGGACUGGAGGCGCUGAAGGCGGCCGAGUGCGCCGGCAAGUUGUUGGUAUUCCACUCGUCGCUGCCCAUCGCCGAGGCGCCCGGCCGUCUGAAGAGCCGCGACGAGCGCAAAUUGCUGGGCACGGAGAAGGAGAAGACGGUGCUGGCGCCGCAGACGACGUACUACAAUCAGCUGGGCCAGGACUGCGCCGGAUUCGGAUGCCGCGUCGACCUCUUUGUGGCCAACAACGCCUUUAUCGAUUUGGCCACGAUCGGCCAGUGCGCCCGUCUCACUGGCGGCCAAGUCUACAAGUACACUUAUUUCCAGGCGGACCUUGACGGUGAGCGCUUGGUCGAAGAUGUCCGUCGCAAUGUCGAGCGGACGGUAGCGUUCGAUUCAAUUAUGCGUGUGCGUACGUCGACAGGUGUUCGACCUGUCGACUUUUAUGGCCACUUUUUCAUGUCGAACACGACGGAUGUGGAGACGGCCGGCAUCGACGCGGACCAGGCCAUGACGAUCGAGAUCAAGCACGACGACAAAUUGACGGACGAGGACGGCGUUUACAUUCAGGUGGCUCUGCUGUUUACUUCGCCCGGCGGACAACGACGCCUCCGCAUCCACAAUUUGGCCCUGAGCGUCUGCUCGCAGAUGGCCGACUUGUACCGCAGCUGCGACCUGGACACGGUCAUGAAUUUGCUGAUGAAGCAGUCGGUGACUCGACUGACGGAAUCGACCCCCAAACAGAUCAGGGACUCGUUGAUUAACCGAAGCGCCCAAAUUUUGGCUUGUUACCGCAAAAAUUGCGCUUCGCCUUCAUCUCCCGGUCAGCUGAUUCUACCCGAAUGCAUGAAACUCCUUCCACUGUACAUCAAUUGCCUGCUCAACUGCGAUGCGCUUUCGGGCGGCUCGGACAUGUCCAUUGAUGACCGGACGUUCAACAUGUUUGCCGUUCAGACGAUGCACGUUGGCGCCAGUUUGGCUUACCUGUACCCACGCCUCGUCCCUCUGCUGGAUGCAUCCGCGCCGGCGAGUCCGAGCGAUCAGGACGAUGUCGUGUUGCCUUCGCCCGUCCGUUGCACGGUCGACAAGCUGCGUGACGACGGCGUUUACGUGCUGGACAAUGGCAUUCACAUGUUUUUAUGGAUCGGUUUGUCUGUCAGUCCGGAAUGGAUUCACGGUGUCUUUGGCACCAAUUCAGCCGCACAGAUUGACAUUGAUCGGACCAAGUUGAUUGAACUGGACAAUCCCCGCUCCCAACAGGUGAGGAGUGCUAUUGCCCAGCUGCGCUCGACUCGGCAACGCCACAUGCGUCUGACGCUGGUCCGGCCGCGAGACAAGUUGGAAUUUGUCUUUCGCAAAUUCCUCGUCGAGGACAAACACGGCGACGCCAGUUCGAGCUACGUCGAUUUCCUGUGCCACUUGCACAAGGAGAUUCGCAAUCUACUCAAUUAAUGUAGUAGCCUUUUUUGUUGUUUUUUUUUGUUUUUUUUGUUCUACUAAUGGAUGCGCAAGGAGAAGGGGACGCAAUCGAUGGCGACUGCACGUUCGCACGCAAUUUUUGAUAGUUGUUGGAACGUGUUUUUGUUUUUCUCUAUUUCCAUAAAAAAAAAAACAAAAAGCGAAAAACGAUAGGAGGAAAAUUACGGAAGAAUAAUCUGCAUCGAAAAAAAAAAACAAAGACAAAAUACGUUGUUCUUUAUUAUAUCUUUUUUGUUUAUUAUUAUUAUCUUCCCUCCCCCACAUACAGAAAAAGGAAAUUCCCCCAUUUAGAAGAAAAAGAGAAUAAAUAAAUAAGCGGUUGAUGAGAAGGAAAAAAAAGAAGAGUAAAAAAAAAAUAAAAAAACACACACACACUAAAUUCGAUCCACGUCGUCAUCGAUCGUCUCUCCGGACAGAGGCAAUAGAAAAUGAUGUUGGAGAGGCCCGAGAUUGCCUUAUUAUUAUCAUAAAAUACUGAGCGAAAAAGAAAGUAUAACAGAGCUUGUAUUAGCUGAAACGUAGUCGUCUUCGUUUGGGAUUUUCUCUUUUCUCGCCUGUUAAAUUGAAAUUUUUAUUUUCCACCCCUCAUCUUUUUUAAGGAAAGAGUUUUGCAGAUGAAAACACGAAAUUGCCUGGAAGCUAAUUAUUAUUUUGUUGUUCAUACAAUAGAAGACAUGCCGCUGA